AUGUCGGUGAACGUGAGAGUGAGGGAGUCAAUGGUGGUGAAGCCAGAGGAGGAAACGCCAAAACGGGCGCUGUGGAUAUCGGACUUGGAUAUCGUGAUUUCGGCAACUCACCUUGGAAGUGUUUACUUCUACAGGAGGCCAAACGUUCAAAACGGAGCACAUCAUCUUCAAAACAACCGUGUCUUGGAUUCGGAGGUGCUCAAGUGCUCCCUUGCCAAGGCCCUCGUGCCCUUCUACCCCGUGGCCGGCCGCCUGAAGCUGAACGAUGAGGGACGUAUCGAGAUCGAUUGCAAUGCAGAGGGAGUGCUGUUUGUUGUGGCGGAGACUGCCUCGGUCCUCGAUGAUUUCGGGGACUUUGCGCCGACUCUUGAGUUCCGGAAGCUCGUUCCUGCUGUUGAUUAUUCCGCUGGGAUAUCUUCUUAUCCCCUCUUGGUCGUACAGGUCACAUACUUCAAAUGUGGUGGAGUGUCACUUGGUGUUGGACUGGAACAUCGUGUAGCAGAUGGCUUUUCUGGUCUCCACUUUGUAAAUACAUGGUCCGAUAUCGCUCGAGGUCUUGACCUUACAAUUCCACCAUUCAUCGACAGGACAUUACUUCGUGCCCGGGACCCACCACAGCCUGCAUUCGAUCACAUUGAAUACCAACCUGAUCCACCCAUAAAAACCGGUACAAAAGCUGUAGGUGAUGAGAGCGCAACGGUAUCCAUUUUUAGAUUGACACGGGAGCAGCUCAACAUCUUGAAAGCCAAGUCUAAGGAAGAUGGGAACACAAUCAACUAUACCACAUAUGAGAUGUUGGCAGGUCAUGUUUGGAGAUGUGCAUCCGUGGCACGUGAACUUCCUGAUGAUCAAGAGUCCAAACUACAUAUUGCAGUUGAUGGAAGGUCCAGACUGCAACCCCCCCUCCCUCCUGGUUUCUUUGGCAAUGUGGUUUUUUCAAGCGCACCAAUUGCUGCAGCAGGGGAUCUCAAAUCAAAACCAACAUGGUAUGCUGCAAGCCGUAUUCAUGAUGCUGUUGUGCGUAUGGACAACGAUUAUCUUAGAUCAGCGCUGGACUAUCUUCAACUUCAGCCUGACCUGUUACCCCUUGUUCGCGGAGCUCGUACUUUUAGGUGCCCGAGACUUGCAAUAACUAAUUGGUCUAGGCUGCCGAUCUAUGAUGCUGAUUUCGGUUGGGGUCGACCUACUUUCAUGGGGCCUGGUGGAAUUGGAUAUGAGGGGUUGGCUUUUGUGUUACCAAGUGCAACAAAUGAUGGAAGUUUAUCAGUGGUCAUUUCUCUGCAAUCUCAACGGAUGAAAUCAUUCUCCAAGUUGUUGUAUGAGAUAUAA